AUGAAAGAAGGGAAGACCACGAAGGCGGCGGUGUUGAUUGGUUGCCGGAUUCACCACGAUCAGAAAUCGGCGUCUCUGUUUUUACACCACCAUGUGCAGGGCGCGAAGAGAUUCGUACUCGGGUUCGUCUUCCUCGUCCUUUUGGUCUACAAUGGCGCCGCCGUGUUCUACGUCCACGUCCCGUUCUUCCCCGCCGUCAAUUCCCCCGCCAAUUUCUCCUCGUCGUCGUCGGAAGGGAAACCCGGCCUCCACCGGGAGGAAAAAAAAGUAAAACCGUCGUUGCCUUUCCGCAUCGUCUCCCUCCACGCGCUGAGCGAGACGCUACCCACCACGCGCUUCCCCAGCCCGGUGGUCCCCACCACGGCGGCGGCGAUCAAAAGGCACGGCCGGAAGGGGCAUUCGCUGAAGUGGCACGUGGCGAAGGCGAUACGGAAGUUGGAGCCCCGACGCGGCCCGCCCGAGUCCAGAUCCGGACCCGAAUUCACCGCCCGGAUCCGGGACUUCUUCCGGAGCUCCGACUGCAACCCGCGAUUCUUCAUGACCCUGAUCUCCCCCUCCCAAGAUUCGCUCGGCGACCGGGAAAUCUUCGCCGUCGAGAGCCUCUUCCGAACCCACCGAAACGCCUGCCUCGUCAUCGUCUCGAAUUCGAUGGACUCCGAGCCCGGCCGACGCCUCCUGAAGCGAUUCGCCGACAGGAAUUUCCACAUCGCCGCCGUGAAACCCAACUUCGCCGCCGCAUUCAGAGGCACCCCGGCGGAGAUCUGGUUCCGGGAAUUGAAAUCGGGUCGGGUCAGACCCGGGGACGUCUCCCUCGCACAGAACCUAUCCAAUUUGCUCCGCCUCGCCCUGCUGUACAAAUUCGGCGGGAUCUACCUCGACACCGACGUCGUCGUUUUGCGGAGCUUCGCCGGGCUGCGGAAUGCCAUCGGCGCCCAGACCGUCGACUUGGAGACCGGGAAGUGGAGCCGGCUGAACAACGCCGUUCUGGUGUUCGAUCGGAACCACCCGUUGGUUUACAGGUUCAUCGAGGAAUUCGCGACGACGUUCGACGGGAGCAAGUGGGGGCAUAACGGUCCGUAUUUGGUUUCGAGGGUUGUGGAGAGGGUGGAGGGGAAUUCGGGUUAUAAUUUCACGGUGCUGCCGCCGCCGGCGUUUUAUCCGGUGGAUUGGAGCAGGAUUUCGGGCUUGUUUCAGGGUCCUCGGGAUCGGAUUCAGUCGAGUUGGGUGAGGAGGAAACUGGAGCGGAUUAAGAAGGAGAGCUUCGCCGUUCAUUUGUGGAAUCGGCAGAGUCGGGAUGUGGAGAUUGAGGAUGGGAGCGUGAUGAAUCGGAUCAUGAUGGAGUACUGUAUUUUCUGCAACUCUUCUUCUUCUUGA